AUGAGAGCCCUGGACGACUACUACGAGAAGAACUACCCCGAGUUUGUCGCUCUCCGUACCAAGUGUAAGGAAAUUCUCCAGGAGGAAGAAGAUUUGUCCGAAAUCGUACAACUGGUCGGUAAAGCGUCGUUGGCCGAGUCCGACAAGAUCACGUUGGAAGUGGCCAAACUGAUCAAGGAUGAUUUCCUGCAACAGAACGGUUACACCCCGUACGACAGGUUCUGCCCCUUCUACAAGACUGUCGGCAUGCUCAAGAACAUGUAGGUUUAUGUUUUUGGAGUCUGGAAAAAAUGGCUUAAGGUUGAAAAUGAAAUUUGAUAUUUUAGGCUUAGAAUGUCAACGGAAAUUGGUGUUUUUAGGCUUAAAUUAUCACAAAAAUUCUAUUUUUAGGCCUAAUUUUUAGUUUGCUUUAGUUUUUACUCGAUAUUGCUUUAAAAAUGACUGUCAAUGCCUAGUACAGGGUGCGUAAAAAGUUUUGUUGCAGAUGAUAUUGUAGUACAAAAAAAAAUUUUUUUUGGUCUUUAAUUUUGACUCUAAGCUAUUAGAGGCAACUAUAAUAUCGAAUAAUGUUUAGGGUCUCCUUCUACGACUUGGCCCGUCACGCCGUCGAAUCCACCGCUCAAUCCGACAACAAAAUCACAUGGAACACCAUCCGUGACCACAUGGGCGACCUCAUGUACCAGUUGUCUUCUAUGAAGUUCAAGGUAAGGUUACUGUAAUGUAAAGAGGAAUUCAAUAGCUUUAUGUUACUAUAUGAUACAAUGCGGGUGUAAGAUUUUGGGAGGGGUAAAUUUCUUUGGGGGUGGAUAAAAUUUUUUUUGAUUUUUGAAAAAUCAAUCGAAUGACAACGUGAAAAUUUCAGUUUGAAAAACAAAUUGUAGGCUCUUUUAUUACCACCACCCCCUUCCCCCCUCUCCCCCCUCCUGUGGGAACUGCAAAAUUUAAAAUUUUUUUCAAUAUAACAACAGGUGUUGUCAUGAAAAAAUCAUUACAUAUUGCACUCGCAAAAACAGUACGGUAUCAGAUUACAGUACGAAUCCAAAUUUGUACUCGAAUCUUACCCGGAUUCUAAAGCUUAAUUUAAAUUAAGAAUCGCGUCUCAAAAGGGUGAAAAUGCAGGAUUAUAUUGGGGUAAAUCAAAGAUUGCUUCUGUUGCAUGAUAUUUUAAGCACAAAUAAUAGUGGAUUAGGCGCAUUAAAGGAACGGAUUUCGCCCAAAAAUGUGAUUUUUGAAUAAUACCGUAAAAUGACAUUUUUGGGCUCAUUUACUGUUUUAUGUGUACAGUAGAGUGAAAAUGAAUGUUUUGGGAAAGUGGAAAGAAAGUUUUUGCGGUUUUAUAUUUUGUAAAGAAAGUUUUCGCAAUUUUAUGCUGUGGAAAGAAAGUUUUUGCGGUUUUAUAUUUUGUAAAGAAAGUUUUCGCAAUUUUAUGCUGUGGAAAGAAAGUUCUUGCCUUUUUAAGUUAUGUAAAGAAAGUUCUUGUCAUUAUAUCCUUUGUAAACAAAGUUCUGUCAAAAAUCUUCAAAUCACAUAAAUAAUGCCAAUUUCGUUGCAGGACCCAGUGAAAGACGGCGAAGACAAGAUCAAGAAGGAGUACGACGAGCUUCUGGAGCAGAUGCAGACCUCGUUCCGUAACUUGGAAGACUCGUAG